CUCACUGCCCUCUGGCUGCUCUGCAGGGUGCUUCAAGGAUGACCGCAUCGUCUUCUGGACCUGGAUGUUCUCCACCUACUUCAUGGAGAAGUGGGCCCCGCAGCAAGAUGACUUGCUCUUCUAUGUGCGCCGGAAGCGGGCGUUCGCGGGCAGCGAGAGCGACGGGGGCAAGCCGGCUGAGGCCGAGCCGGAGGUGGACGUAGAGGUGUACCGGCGGGACUCCAAGAAGCUGCCGGGCCUCGGAGACCCUGACAUAGACUGGGAGGAGAGCGUCUGCCUAAACCUCAUCCUGCAGAAGCUGGACUACAUGGUCACCUGUGCUGUGUGCACACGCUCUGACGGGGGUGACAUUCACAUCCACAGGAAGAAAUCCCAGCAAGUGUUUGCAUCACCCAGCAAGCACCCCAUGGACAGCAAGGGGGAGGAGUCCAAGAUCAGCUACCCCAACAUCUUCUUCAUGAUUGACAGCUUCGAGGAGGUGUUCAGCGAUAUGACGGUAGGAGAAGGAGAAAUGGUCUGUGUGGAGCUGGUGGCUAGUGACAAAACCAACACGUUCCAAGGGGUCAUCUUUCAGGGCUCCAUCCGCUACGAGGCGCUCAAGAAGGUGUAUGACAACCGAGUGAGCGUGGCUGCUCGGAUGGCCCAGAAGAUGUCUUUUGGCUUCUACAAGUACAGCAACAUGGAGUUUGUGCGAAUGAAGGGGCCCCAGGGCAAGGGCCACGCGGAGAUGGCGGUCAGCCGCGUGUCCACCGGGGACACGUCCCCCUGCGGCACCGAGGAGGACUCCAGCCCAGCCUCCCCCAUGCAUGAGCGGGUGACCUCCUUCAGCACGCCGCCCACCCCGGAGCGGAACAGCCGGCCCACCUUCUUCUCCCCGUCCCUCAAGAGGAAGGCCCCGCGGGCCCUGAUGGCCGAGAUGAAGAAGUCCCACUCGGCCAACGACAGCGAGGAGUUUUUCCGAGGGGAGGACGGCAGCGGAGCUGAUCUGCACAACGCCACCAAUCUGCGGUCGCGGUCCCUGUCUGGCACGGGACGGUCGCUGGUGGGGUCCUGGCUGAAGCUGAACAGAACGGACGGGAACUUCCUUCUCUAUGCACACUUGACCUACGUCACGUUGCCUCUGCAUCGGAUUUUAACAGACAUCCUGGAAGUGCGGCAGAAGCCCAUCCUGAUGACCUAG